AUGCCCGUUACUUGGCAGAGAUCCAGUUUCAAUUUUUCAAGACCCCUUCUGCUCAAGUUUAUGAUGAAGAAAUCUCCAUCACAUCAACAAUCUGAGGCAUGUUAUUAUGAAGUCUGUGGGUUUGAUCUGCACAACAAUGGCUUUUCCCAGUUGUUGGAGGGGGCAAAGAAAAACGUAAGUAGUUCAUCAGUGCACGCAGAAGAAUAUGGGAAAAGAGGAUCAGAGAAAGUUAAAAAGGAGAAGAAAUCAUGGAAAAGGAAUCUGAAACCAUCAUGGUGGAAAGGUGACAUGAAAAGAAGUGUGUUGAAAUUCAGAAAGAGAGAGAUUCCGUAUAUGUCUCUUCACCAACAAAACCUCCCUCGUGGUGGGCACAGCUAUGGCCCCCUUUAUGUGGUCACUUGA